GAGGAGGGGGGUCGCACUUCUUCUUCCGCGUUCUUCCGUAUUCUAAUACAUCCACAGUAACAUACUACCUUUCGCGACCGAGCUGAGAAAACGCUAUAGCGACACGAUGAGCACUGAAAAAUACCCGAAGUCUUCUAUUGAAGACGACUUUAAUUACGGGACCAAUGUCGCUACAGCCAGUAUCCAGAUCCGUAUGGACUUCCUGAGGAAGGUCUACACCCUCCUGAGCCUGCAGAUCAUCUUGACCACAGCCACCUCUGCUCUCUUUAUGUUUUCUCAAAGCAUCAAAGAUUUUGUCCAUGGCAGUCCUGCUGUGGUUCUGGUUUCUGCUCUGCUCUCCCUGGUUCUUCUGCUGGCCCUGGCCGUUUACAGGCACCAACAUCCCGUCAACCUCUACCUGUUGCUCGUUUUUACGUUACUGGAGGCAGUUUCUGUGGCCACAGCUUUGACCUUCUAUGAAUACUCUACAAUCCUGCAAGCUUUGUUCCUGACCUGUGCUGUGUUUACUGGACUGACGGCCUACACGUUCCAGUCCAAGAGAGACCUCAGCAAAAUGGGCGCAUGGCUUUUCGCAUGUCUUUGGAUCCUCGUCAUCGCAGGCUUUAUGAGGUUCUUCUUCAACAGUGACAGCACAGAGCUGGUUCUGUCUGGAGCUGGGGCUCUGGUCUUCUGCGGCUUCAUUAUCUACGAUACCAGCCUGCUGAUGAAGCAGCUCUCACCUGAGGAGCACAUCUUGGCCUCUAUCAACCUCUACCUUGACAUUGUCAACCUCUUCCUGCACAUCCUGCGUGUCCUCGACUCUCUGAAGAAGCACUAACAGCUUCAGUAUCACUGAACUCUUUUCCUCAGCUCUAACACACUGUUGUGUAUUCUAUAAGCUUCACUGGAAAUCCUUGAUAUACCUGUGCUGUGAUUAUGGUCUGUUAAUGUGAGUGUUAUUGUCCUGAAGUCAACCAGAAGUUUUAUUUUAGAAGGGAAUCUUUGUAACUUAAAGAGCUGUAUGUACUUGCUGUAUUUUCUGCUUCUGCCACAACAUUGAACCGACCAACAGGAGACGUGUAUAAACUUGAUAUUCUUGUUAAAAUGUAAUGUUCUGCUGGGAAGCCUUGGCUCCUGGCCUUCAUAUGGACGUUAUAAUGGCAUGUACCAUCCACCUAAACAUUUUUUUAGACCAAACCUUUUUAGUCUGACCAAGCAUUUUUUUUUCUCGGGCAAUGGCACCCAACAAAGAUUAACUGAUCCGGCCUCCAAACUCCAAUCUCUGGUCUGAUCAUCCACAGGAUGCACUGCAGCCCAGCUGAUCGACUGAAGCCCCACCCUGCAACCCACGGGAGCCAGUAGAUCCACUGGCAACAUCUCUGUGCCAGACACCACAUGAAAGCCCCAGAGGUCCUUUGUCAGUGUAGGAAUGGAUCAAACCUGUUAUGGUGGCAAGUGUGGGACUUACACAAGAACAUAUAGACGUAAUUUGAAUGUUGUGGUGUCCACUGCAGAGGCAGCUAGCGCCUCCAACUGGCCUAACUGCUGCUCAGUGUUCUGUUAGGGCCAAAUCAUGCUUUCUGUAUUCAUGUUUCCUGAACACAGACAGAAUUCCUCAGCGUUCUACAUGACAUGUGUUUCUACCUAACGCCAACGUCUCUGCCCCAGACACCACAUGAAAGCCCCAGAGGUCCAGAGUGAAUGGCCCCCCAUGUGCAGCGCGCAGACUGCAGAUGUGCCAAGAAAACGAGAUGGAUGCUUGUUUUUAAGAGAGCCUUUGCAGUUAUCCAAGCCUUUUAUAUGUAAUCAUGGGAGUUGUAAUCAGAAAAAGUUCCUGCCAGAUUUUGGUGCUUUAAUUUAUUUCCACCGAUGACAUCUAAACUCAGUGGGAUGUUCGAAGUUCUUUUUAGAAAUCUUUUGUUGUGUCUGUCUAUUGUGCUUUGUACAGAAAAGUAUUAAAAGGCUCAUCUCAUUUAAUAAA